GUAUGCCGAAUUAGCUAGUACCAGUUCUUGUUAGCAAUGUGACCAUAGAUGUACAGACAGCUAUCACUGGAUUACUUCCAAACUAAAGAAAAGUUAAAUAUGUGCUAAUUCUCAGGCAAGAUCUGUUGUUAUACGGAGCGUCUUUUUUUCAAUGAAUUCUAAGCAGAUUUACGGACGUUUGUAUGCGACCGAAGACGAAGAUAUAUUCCUCGGUAAGUUCCCACCGACUGCGCUGAGUCUGACCAGAGAGGAUGGCUGCGUCCAUGUGGAGAAUGAAUGGGCUGUGGAGAAGGAUGGCUGGACUUCUGGUGCUCUGCGCUCUGUUGCUCAGCAAUGAGGUGAUGUGUCAGGAUGAUGCAGCAACAGAUCCCACAGAUGCUCCAGACGCCACUGCAGUGACGGCCACUGCAGCUCCAGAUGCUGCAGGUCCAGAUGCCACAACUCCAGAUACUACAGCUCCAGCUUCACAUGCUGCAGAUCCAGAUGCUGCCACUGCUGCCCCAGAUGUAGGUGCUUCUACCACUGGAGAAUCUGCUAAUCCCGCUGCCUCUGUAGAUGAUCCAAUCCAAGCAACCAUUGUAAACAUUGUACUCGGCGACUUAGAGACCACUGCUGUCGUCACGGACGUCCCCCACACUGUGGUGCCUGAUGUGAUGUGCGUUGGAAAAGAGGACGUUCCAGAAAGUAAUGCUGUCAAGGUUGAGUUGGCAACAAAUGAUUGUGAAGCAUCUAAACUCAUUUUAAUGGCGAACCCUGCAGGCUGGUGCUCCAAGGAAAAGUGUAAUCUAAAACUCUUCCAAGAAAGCAACACGCUGCUUGUGGCCAGUGACGAUGCUCCGUUGGCGUCUUUGGCUAGAACACUCGAGAGUGAACAUUUGAAAGACAAGCUGGGUGUGACAAAGACUGAGACCCCGUCAUCAUCAGGUUCCUCUGUCUUUGUGGGAAUUCUGGUCACUGGUCUGCUUGCCGCCCUUGCAAUCGUUGUAGGUUACCUCAAAUGCCCACGCAGGUCCGACGCCAAAGGAGUGAGGCUGGCAGAGGAGGCCUAUCCAGCAGAUCAGGAAAACCAGGGGAACACUCUUGUAUCUGUGGCUCCCCUCAACCCCCCUCCGGAAACUCCGGAGAAACCCAGCGUAAAUGGAGAGUCCCCCGAGGAAGCCAAGACCCAGCCUCCUCCUCCCACCAACGGCCACUCCACCACCAAGACAGCCGACACCGAGCUGUAAAAUAAUCCACACAUAAUUGCAGCCCAGGAACUACCCCCACAAACACAAACACACACACACACACACACACACACACACACAUACACACACACACAUGCCUAUGCAAAUGCACCCCGCCCCCACCUUCUGCAUCCACUCCUGCCUCCUUCACCACAGAGAGUCCACAGCAAAGUGGACAUCAGGGACUAGAACUAUUUCCUACAUCAACGCUCCUCUUGUUAUAGUCCUCUUGCCUCAUUCUCUUUUGGCUAUGUGCCGCAAUAAACAUCAGGAAAACUAGUCUGACGAUUAUGGCGGUGACGUUGGUGAUGACAAAGGCUCGGUCCCUGAGUUGUUGACGGCAGUCAGGCUGGAGACGAGAGACGGGAGAUGGGCAGCUCUGGGUGGGAAGAGAGUGUAUUUUAGCAUUAAUCACAAACUGGUUCCCAUGAUGACUGCAGCCUCUGGAGUCACAGCCAUAUGUUGUCAACACACAGCAAGGGUCUCUGCAUGUCAUCAGGUUCAAAGCUCCAAGCAACCCGCCACUAGUAAAUCCAGCAUAAGCACAUCAAUGAAAUUGUUCCUUAGUUUAUUGUAAAGCCGUGGCAGACAGAGAGGAAAUAAAUCACUCUGCCUUUUAAAUCUGUAUACAAACUCGGAGAGAAAAUCCAUUGGGCUCUCAUCUUGUUUGUGUUAUUGAGUUAUUGAUCAGCGCGCGAAUGUGUGUGCUGCUGUCAAAUCCUGCGUGUGUGUGUGUGUGUGUGUGUGCGUGUCAACGUAUACUUGCAUCUGUACUGUGUAAUCGGCUGUAGGUAUAUCCAUACAUGCCUCUAAGCUUCCUUUGCUUACUGUAUGUAUGUAUGUAUGUUGAUAACAAGUGGUUGAUUUUGAUCAUGUAUGUGAGUGAACGAUGAGUCCGAAAUGUACAUGAGACAUUAGCCAGUGUACAUUUUUGUAAAAUGAGUUGGUCCACCGAGAUUCCCCAUGGUGAGGAGGACAAAGUACUAACGUUUUUUUUGUUUUUUUUUAUCACACCAUUUUCUUGAAAAGGGGUAGCCGCAAGGAAUUCUCCAAUCUAUCACUGCAAACUGUAUUGAAAUCAAUCAACCAAAGCCAACAGGCCUCUUUACAGUGGAUGUAUAGUCACUGCUGAAAAUCAUCCAACCAACCAACAGACUCCUAAAGGCCUCGGCGCAGGGCCUCGUACUGUCAACUGUUACUUUAUCAGUGUUACUCUCUUUUUAAUAUUCUGUGUAUGCUAUUUUUCUAUCCGUAUUCUAUUGUGCAGUGUGUAUAGUAUGAUGACUUACUUUGUCCUGUUUUGAUUUUGUGUACCAACACCUUUUUAUGUGCCAAAGAAUUUCUUUUCAUAUCUUAUGGUGUACUAAAAUAUGUACUUCUGUUGCACCCCAAAUCUGUGAUUUUGUUUUUGUCCUGUAAAAGCAUUUUAUUUUUUAUUUUUAUUUUUUUACUGACCUGAGAUCGAAUUAAAAAGGAAACUGCAAUAUCCCGUAGUCGACCUGGAACAAAGCAAAAAAUAUUCUGCUAUAUAAAUGGGAUGCUUCGCAUUGAUUUCUCCUUUUCGAUCCAUUUUGUAUCUUUUCAUUGCUAACAUUCCAAUGUGACUGUUUGGAUUAAAUAUAAAAAAAAUAAAAAGCAAAGGAUGAAUAACUUUUUUAA